GUCUAGGAGAGACUGUGACUGCAGGACAGAACAAAACUGAGAAAUGGCGCAAGAUACCAGGAGGGAAGGAGGAAAGUGAAGCCGAGGAGGAAGAGAAGGCCCAGGAAGACGGCAGGUCACGGAACGCCCUCGUGAAGACGGGUCGGGAUGGAGAAGGACCAGGGCCUCGCCGCUCCGGCCGCCAGCAGCGCCGGGCACGCCGCCGCGUCCGCCUCCGGCGCCACCCACGGGCGUCCCGCCGUACCUCACUUGUCCGUGUACGGCGGGAUCCCCGACCGGCAGACCGUCCAGGUGAUCCAGCAGGCCCUGCACCGACAGCCCGGCACGGCCGCGCAGUACCUGCAGCAGAUGUACGCAGCCCAGCAGCAGCACCUCAUGCUGCAGACGGCCGCCUUGCAGCAGCAGCAGCUGAGCAGCGCGCAGCUCCAGAGUCUGGCCGCCGUGCAGCAGGCCACUAUAGCAGCUGGAAGACAGACCUCCGGCAGAAAUGGGACCGCACCCCAACAGGCGGGGUCUUCUCAAACCACGAUGAACUUGGCCGCGUCGCCGGCGACCGCCCAGCUGAUCGGCCGAGCCCAGGGCGUUAGCUCCGCCCCCGCGGGCAUCGCCCAACAGGCGGUGCUCCUGGGUAACGCCUCCGGCCCCGCCCUCGCCGCCAGCCAGGCGCAGAUGUACCUGCGCGCCCAGAUGCUCAUCCUGACCCCUGCGGCAACUGUGGCAGCUGUGCACCCAGAGCCACCCCGGCUGUCCGCGAGCCAGCCGCCCUCCGCUGCUCAGGGUCAGAACCUCGCAAUCCGCAACCAGCAGGGGGCAGCGCCGGCCUCACCCUCUCAGGCCCAGCUCCAGGCCCUGGGCCUCAAGCAGGGCUCUUUGCCAGGCCUGCCCACAACUCAGGGCACUGGUGGGAAAGGCACCGUUCAGGAGGGCUCCGCAGAGGGGGUGGGGAAGGGGGAGGGCGCCGGCGAGCCGACCUCGCGCGCGGGGCUCACGGGUCGCGGUGUGAGUGCUGGGGGCACCCGACCCCUCGUCACGUCAGCGUACACACAGAUCCAGCCCCAGCAGCCCCAGUUCGUGGUCCAGCAGCAGCAGCAGCAGCAGCAGCAGCAGCAGCAGCAGUCACGGCCUGUGCAUUCCCUGACCCUCCAACCUGCUGUGGCUGCCCCACCCCAAGGCCCGCUGGGCCCAGUCCCAGUGCUUCCAAGACUGCCGGCGUCAGCCCCGCAGCCAGCCAUCUUCCAUUCAGCCGUGGGCCCCCAUGUGCUCGGCCAGAUCGGCCAGCCCCCGCCGCUGAAAGCCGUGGGUCCUCCCAAAGGCCGGCCCGUGCAACUGGCCGCGGUGAACCUCCAGAUUCAGCCCACGCCAUCCCCGGCUGCUCCUCUGAGCCAGGACAAUGCCGGCAGAGAGGAGCCGACUGCUCUGGUGGUCAGGGAGUGCAGUCCCAUGCCUGGUGUCCAGCCCAACGCCGUGCCCCCACCCCCCGCCUCCUCCACGCAGGAACGCAAGUCCGACUCCGGCGAGGCCGUCGUCCAAGCGCGAGGUGCCGCUGAGCGGGGGAACGCGGGACCGGGCGCGGGCUCGCCUCAAGCCAUGACCUCGGGCAGUGGAAGCAGCGCGCCCCCUGUGACUGGGAGCGCCCCCCACAACGCAGAGAACAAGCCCCCGCAGGCCAUCGUGAAGCCCCAGAUCCUCACGCACGUGAUCGAGGGCUUCGUGAUCCAGGAGGGAGCAGAGCCCUUCCCCAUAGAGCGACCAUCAUUGCUGAUGGAGAACCUGACCAAGCAGAAGCCACAUUCACUGCAGACCGACAUGGAGAAGGGGAAAGGAGGCAGCACUCCUGACUGUGAAAUGGAGAACCUGGAGCAACAAGAUCUGAAGAACCCAGAAGACGAACCAACGCUGAAAUGCGAACUCUGUGGCCUGGUGGACUUUGCUUAUAAAUUCAAGAGGUCAAAACGGUUCUGUUCCACCUUGUGUGCAAAAAGGUACAAUGUCGGAUGCACUAAACGCAUGGGUCUUUUCCACCCCAACAAAAGUAAACCGGAGAAGCACAAGAAGCGCAGAUCGCGGAGUAAUGUCCAGAGUCUGAGCAGCGCGGCCAAGAAACAGGUCCUCACCCCGCCCCAGCCGUCUGUGGUGGGGACCGUGACGAUGCCAGUGUCCUCGCGCCCUGCCCGGGGAGAGUCCACGCCGUGCUCGGACAUGUCCAGCUACGAGGAGCCCCCUUCCCCACUUUCGGCUGCCAGUUCCGGGGCACCAAUGGCACCAGACCGGCAGGACCAGGGGGGAGACCACAGCAGGGAGCUGCCCCUUCUCAUGCAGCACUUCCUGCCCAGUGAUCCUGCCAAGUGGAAUGUGGAGGAAGUGUACACGUUCAUCUGCUCGCUCCCAGGCUGCCAGGAGAUCGCAGAGGAGUUCCGCUCCCAGGAGAUAGAUGGCCAGGCCCUGCUGCUGCUCAAAGAAGACCACCUGAUGAGCACAAUGAACAUCAAGCUUGGUCCUGCCCUUAAACUCUAUGCCCGCAUCAGCAUGCUAAAAGACUCCUAGCCUCCCCCUGAAGGGGGGGGUGGAGUGGCAGCUGGGCUGCCUUGUCCUUAGGGGAGUACUGUUUGGCUGUGGGAUUCAACCCCAGGGGACACCCUUCUCGUUGGAGGAGGGACAACCAAGGGGUUUUGUCACAAAGGGCAACCACUCUGCAAUGUGCAAGUGCUUUGCUGAAGGGUGCUGAAAAGAACUUAUUGAAUGAAAAUGGGAAUAGUUGAGCCCCAUUUUUAAAAAAAAAAAAAAAAAAAAAAAAAAUGCAAGGUCUGAACUGGUUCAUUCCAUCUUC